AUGGACUCCGACAAUUACUUCGUCCCGGAAUCACUUAAAGCCGGACUACAGGAGACACAAUCUGCAUUUUUCUUCCCUGUUUUGGCACCACUGACAACCAAAGCGAAGACUUGUUUCAUGAAAGAAGGGCCCCAAGGAUAUGACUUUGGCGAAGCCUUUCCGGAGGUAGUUGAUGCAAUGGAUGAAAGAAUGUCAUUAAAUGCUGACAUGGUUGUUGAACAGCUCCUCCUGCCGGUCACUGAAUUCAAAGAAUCCCUGAGAACCAUAUUAGAUCUAGGAUCCGGAGCAGGAUGCGUAUCCAGAGCGAUAAGCAGGCGUUACCCAGACGCAGAUAUAUACGCCGUUGACUACAGCGAGAUCGCAAUAGAAAAGGCCAUUGAAACUUCCGAAGUCCAAGGAAUCACAAACAUAACUUUUCUGAAGGAAGACUUAACAUCUUUACCAAAAGAGUGGACAGGAAAAUUUGACUGGGUUAUCAUGUACGACGUUCUUCAUGAUUUGCCUGAUCAUAGUAAUGCCAUGAAAGAGGUGAUGUGA